AUGGAUGAUGACGAAUUUACGGAUGACGACGAGUUUGGAGAAGUCUCUGUAUCUGCUCUGGCAGAUGGUGGCAAGAAAUGUACCAUUUUUCUUGUUGACGCUUCACCCAAAAUGUUCGAGAAAUACGAAAAUGAUGAUUCGGACAAUGACUGUGCAUUUCGAAGAGCUUUGAAAAUUAUACGUUUGCAAAUGGUCAACAAAGCGGUAACUUCAACAUUCGGAGAGUAUACUUGUUGUAUCCUCCUUAACACUCAAAUUAAGUCGCAUUCAAUUGACCAUGUAUACGUUAUGCAAGAGGUCGAAGAAGUGUCAGCUGAACGAAUCAAAGAACUGGACCAGUUAUUAAGAUCAGAGAAUAUAUUGUCAGCUUUCAAGACUAUAUACGGUGGACACGGUCGUUGCGAUUAUAGCGAAGCACUGUUUUUAUGCGUUAAACGAAUAACUUCUCGGACACCUUAUUUCCGGAAACGAACCGUUUGUCUGUUCACUAACGAAACGAAUUUAUUUGGUGCAGAUAAUCAGCAUCGUAUUUCCACUUGCAAAAAUGCCGAUGAUCUCCGCGGUCAUAACACAGAGUUUUCGGUUUAUCCACUUAUUGCUGAAGACCAUACAUUUGGAUUCAAUGUUUUGGAACAACUGGACCCGGAUGUUGGAAAGAAUUAUGAAAAUAUCAGCGAACUAGAAAAAGACAUACCAAGGAAGCUAUACACACAUCGGAAUAUAGCAGGCAUGGAUUUCGAAUUUGGAGAUCGGCUAAAAUUUUCAGUUGGAAUCUAUUCUUUGCUAUGCUCGGAGAAGAUUCCUCAGCCUGCAGCUCUAAAUGCCGAAACAAAUGAAAUUAUGCAGCGGUCGCAUAUAUAUGUUAAUAAAGAGACUGAUGAGGAAGUGUCAGUGCUUAAUAAGGAAAUCAUUCAAAAGCGACAAAUUGGAGGUGAAACUGUUAAUCUCUCCGCAGAUGAGAUCGAAAAAUUGCGAAGGCUGACACCGCCAGGCAUACUAUUGCUUGGAUUUAAACCUCUUUCAUGCCUUAAAAUCACACAUCACGUUCGAAGCUCACAGUUUGUUUAUCCUCUUGAAAAGGAUAUUUUGGGUUCUGUUCGAAUGUACCGUACUCUUUAUGACGUUUGCAUGAAACAGAGGAAAAUGAUUAUAUGUCGAUAUACUCAAAAAGCGAAUGUACCGCCAAAACUUGUUGCUUUGGUGCCACAAGCGUCCGUUGCUGAGGAUAAUUCAAAGGGCGAGUUCAGCUCAAAAUCUUGUUAUCCUGGAUUUCACUUGGUAUAUUUGCCAUUUGCAGAAGAUAAACGUGAUCUCAGAGAACAAAUGAUUCAUCCGGACGGUGAUUGGCCAGCUGCGUCAAAAGAACAGAUUGAAGUGGCGAAAAAAUUGGUGAAAAAACUUACAGCUAGUUAUUUUCCCGAAAAAUUUUAUAAUCCAGUAUUGCAAAAACAUUACAAACUGAUUGAAGCUUUGGCUCUAGAUUAUGAUGAAGUGCCGGAAGUUCAAGACCAGAUUCAGCCGUAUUUUGUGUACGAUAAUUUUCGAAAACGGGUAGAAAAGGAGUUGAACGAAUUUCGUUCUUGCUUACUUCCUGAUAGUUGCAAUUCGAGACAGACAUACUGUAAGGAAGCAAAAAAGACUGACCAAAUAAGUAGCACGUGGAAUAUAAAAACGAAGAAAUCGACAAACGAAAGCUUGUUAUAUUUGGCUACCAAUCACUUGCUGGAGAAAAUGACGGUAACGCAGCUAAAAAAGAAAGCAGCCGAAGAGCUUGUUCCCAUUAAAUCACAUGCCAAAAAGGCAGAUAUCAUUGAUGCAAUCGAGAAACACUAUGGAAGCUUAUGAAUUCCAUCCUCACUUUUUUAUAAAUCUGAUUGUAUUAAUUUGUUACUGGAUUCAGAAAAAAACACUUCCUGGUUACUGGGUCAAACUAUUUGAAAUCUAUUUAGAUGUGAAUUUAGAUUUAAAAUCUAUUUAGAUAUUUAGAAAUCUUUAUUAUAUGUAGAUCUUGUUUUGUGUUUCAUAGAUUUACUUUUCAAAUUGUCGGUUAAUAAGAAAGACUAGGUUCUGGACCAAUUAUAUUAUUUUUGUCAUGUGCUUUCUUUUUAAUUCUGAUAAUCCCUUUACCAUUUACUUUUACAGCUUGCUCUUUUUUGGUCACGUAAUGACAUUUGAGAGUUAAAGUAUUGUGUCGACAAAUAGUUUAUGUGGAA